AAAACCAAUGGCAAUUGUCAAAUCAUUAAUCUUGGCUGUGGCUUCGAUACACUAUACUUUCGUCUGCGCGAUACGCCACAUCAAGUGAAAAACUUUAUUGAAUUAGAUUUUCCAACAGUGACGGCGCGUAAAUGUUAUACAAUUAAAAGAAAUAAAGUGCUAUUGGCCAAAAUACACGAUGAAGACGGUGAGGUGAAAUUAAGUCCAACCGAUCUGCAUGGACCCAACUAUCAUUUGAUGGGUGUAGAUUUAAGAAAUAUAGAUGAAGUAGAUAAUAAAUUGCAACAGGCAGAAAUUGACUACACGCUACCAACAAUAUUUUUGGCCGAAUGUGUUUUAGUUUAUAUAGAGUUACAGAAUUGUAAAAAUCUACUCAAAUGGAUUGCCAGUAAGUUUACCAGUGCUGUAUUUGUCAAUUAUGAACAGGUCAAUAUGAAUGAUCGUUUUGGGGAGGUGAUGUUAAACAAUUUACGCAGUCGUGGCUGCAGUUUGGCCGGUGUUGACGCUUGCCUUUCGUUGGAUACACAAAUGGGUAGAUUUUUGGAAUGUGGCUGGAGUGGCAGUCGAGCCUGGGAUAUGGUACAAGUAUAUCAAAGUAUACCACCGGCAGAACGUCAGCGUAUCGAACGUAUUGAAAUGCUGGAUGAGGGUGAACUGCUAUUGCAAUUAUUUCAACAUUAUUGUCUUGUGGUGGCUUGGAUUGGGGAACUGUUUCAAGACAUUGAAAUUACGGUUGAGAAACGUAUGUCUUCUUUGAACAUCGAUUAGAAACAGGAAACCAAACCAACAUCCAUAAAAUGAAACAAGGCUGCACAAUUUACAGACUUAUGAUGAAACAAAUUUGUUUAAUGAUUUUUAAAUUAGAAACAACAACAACAUAAUAAUGCUUUUUUUGGAUUUCUAUAUUAAAGAAAAUGAAAAGAAAUUAAUCAAUUAUUACGUGGAUUUUGCCUAACAAUUAUGUUCAAUAAUAAGUGUAAAAUUAUUAUUAUAUUUAUAAAUGUCAAAUAAUGUUUGAUAAUGGAUUGAGAUAAAAAUGUAUAAGAACUUUGCGCACCAUGAUUAUGAUGUUUAUGCGCUAAUAGUUUUUUCUUUCAUUCUUUGUAAACAGAUUUUUUGUCUAAAUCUGAUUAUAUUUGCUGUUGUAAUAAGAAAAUUACCUAAUUUUAGUGUGGAAAAUAAAUGCUGUAAGGAUAAAAGCUCACAAGUUUAACAACAUUAUACCUUUACCGCUAAUAUUUUA